CCCUUAUCGGCUCCGUCGACGCCAUGCUCGUGCUGGCCAAGCUGCAGCGCUACAGUCGGCGACAGUACGUCGUGGCUCUACUGAUCUUUUCCCUCUUCCUUGCUAUUCUCGGCCAGAUUCAAGUGCUUCCAGUGCUCUUCGUGUUGUCAAUACCCGUGUUUGUCUUCUUCCGAUGGGUUUUCCGUCAACAACAACAUCACGGCGUCACAGAUCGAGAGAUCGAGCAGCUCUUUAGGACGUUUCUGGGUGCGGCCAUCAUGGGCCCAGUGUUGGCCCUUAUUGGCCAAUUGACUUUGGGUCCUUUGCUGGCGUCUUUAUGCUUUUUCGACCAACGCGCCUCCAUUUUGAGCCAACUACACAAGUAUUUCGACGCUCCAGGCGAUGGCCGGCCAGCUCCAGUACACAACAUGAAGCUAGGGAAGAUGCUGAUGAGUCUCCAGGUCGACAAAACUGUCGGCUACUUUGUAUUCCUCUUGUGCUUCGCCUUUAUCGUAGCUGGACUCGUCGAAGAGUUUCUUAAGUUCUGGGUCGUCCAGGGCACAUGUUGCUGUAGCAACUCAAGAUGUGGAUGUUGCGUUAACAUCUUAUGUUGCUGUAAAGCCAAGAGUGGAUCGACCCCGGCCUUUUCGGUACUCAAGCAACGUCAACAACGUCAUGGGGCAUUGCGAGGAAUGAUGUGUCAUCCGAGUCGACUGCUGUUCUACCACCGCCCACAUGCCAACCACGCGUUCGUGGUGUUUCUUGCGGUUGUUGCAGCUGCACUGGGCUUUUCCGUCAUGGAAAACUCGGCCUUCUCGCUCUUGGCCCCUACUUUUCGCGACAAGAUGGAAACUGCAGCUCUACGCGGUAUCUCGAGCGCGCCACUGCAUUGUAUAUGUGGUGGCAUAACGGGCGUACGUAUGGCCGAACGGCUACUGGCUCACCGACAAGGUGGCAGCGAACAGAGAGGCACCAACGCUGCUAAAACGGACCUAGGACGAUGGCGUACCAAGAUGGCAGUAAUCCUCCCUGCUGUCCUAGUUCACGGCACGUUUGACAUGCAAUUAUUCCUUCUGAUGGCCCUGGUGACGCCUAAAAUGGAGGCUGCGCAUUGGACUUUUUACCAUAUUGUGGCUCCGACAGUCGUCUGCUCGAUUGUCCUCGCUGCAAGCUUCGUGUACUUGCGUCGGAAGCUACACGCGAUGGAGAACAAGAUGAACGAGACGCGUUAUGUGCACGUGGCCGUAGAUCUGGAGUCUGGACAACGACUGGGGGCAGUGAAUGCAGGCUUUGAGAUGGACUUCUUCGACAACGACGACGAUGAUAGUGACACUGAGAACGAGGCCGAAUUUCAAGGUGAUAACCGCAAAGUUCGCUGUAUUUGA